CAUCUUAUUAUUAGUUUACGAACUCGUUGAACAAACAGCGAUAACGCGAGUCAUCUAUGCGCUCUACUUGCGGUUAGUUGCUGCUCAGAAAUAAUUAUUGUUACAAGCAUCACGUUGCAGUAAAUAACAUUUAUUUUAAUAAUUAGAGUUGAUUGCUCGCGAGAAAAUUGUAUAAGCGAAAAAGAGAGUAAAAACUGUGCGGUAUGACACCAAAGAUAGUCGUUGUCGGUUCGUGCAUGAUUGACUUUACCUGUUUCUCUCCACGGUUGCCGAAACCUGGCGAGACGAUAAUCGGGACUAGAUUUGAAAAGAAAUACGGUGGUAAAGGUGCCAAUCAGUGUGUAACAGCUGCUAAACUUGGUGGAUCUACAACACUUAUUGCUUCAUUAGGUUCCGACACGUUUGCUCAAGAAUAUUUAGAGAUUUUAAGAAAGGAAAAUGUAGACGCAUCUCGUGUGAAGAUACAAAGUGAUAAGCAGAGCGGUGUUGCUCACAUUACCGUUGCUGAAAAUGGUGAGAACAGCAUCGUAAUCGUGUUAGGUGCAAAUGAAUCGUUGACUCCGGAACUUGUGGAUUCCGCCGUCGACGUGAUCCAAAGCGCGAGCAUUUUAUUAUGCCAGUUUGAGGUGCCGUUGGAAGCCACGCUGCAUGCGUUGAAGUUACAUCGGGGCCAUGGACUUUCUAUUGUCAACGGAGCGCCCGCAUUGGAAAACCCUGAUCCGGAAAUCCUUAGAUUAUGUGACAUUUUCUGCGUCAAUGAGACGGAGGCGGAAAUUAUGACGGGCAUUCAACCUGUGAACCUGUCGAAUAUACAACAAGUAGCGGACAAGUUCCUAGCUAAGGGAUGCAAUGCAAUCAUCCUUACACUCGGACCUCUCGGAGCUGCAUAUGCAUCGAAAAUGAACAGAAACAUCACGCGAAUUUCCACUACUGAGGUCCACCCUGUAGAUACUACCGGUGCCGGGGAUGCAUUUUUGGGCGCGUUCGCAUAUUUCAAGGCAUAUCAUCCACAGCUGCCGAUGGACGAAUGCAUCAGGAGAGCUUGCACGGUCGCCACGUACUCCGUUCUUAAAUUCGGUACACACGCGAGUUUUCCAACGAGAAACGAUCUGCCGGCAGAGUUAUUUAUAUAAACAAAAAGGGAGUUAUUUCGAAGUGUGUUAUUUAUAGAUUUGAUGUUUUAUCUCUUUCAUUUGUACAUCUGAUAUCUGUUUUGUGGAAUCUUUUUAAAUUGAAUAUUUGCAGAAUAAAAGUAAAUAUCAAAAGUUUUAUGUACAAAGUGCGUAAACAUACGUCCCAUUUCCUAAAACCCGAAAAAAACUUAAAAAUAAUACAGUCAGGCGUUAUAAUGCAAAUUAAUGCAGCAAAUU